AUCGGUUUUCGCUUUUAAAUUUGUCGAGCCGCUUAAGAGGUUAGGAAUUGGAAACAAGUAUUAUUAAAACUGUAAAUAUACCGAAACAAUUGGUAUCAUCUAAAUCUAGGGAGCCUUUCAGAUCACACCGAAAGACAUGUUGUUCUAUUCUUUUUUUAAAUCAUUAAUCGGGAAAGAUGUGGUCGUCGAACUAAAAAAUGACCUUAGUAUUUGCGGUACCCUACACUCGGUCGAUCAGUACUUAAAUAUCAAACUUACGGACAUCAGCGUGACCGAUCCUGAUAAAUACCCUCACAUGUUGUCGGUCAAAAACUGCUUCAUACGUGGAUCCGUGGUACGGUACGUUCAAUUACCUGGAGAUGAAGUGGAUACCCAAUUAUUACAAGAUGCUGCCCGAAAAGAAGCUGCUGUACAAACACGAUAACGACUGUAUAUCAUGGAUGUCACAAUUUAUUUGUAACCAUUUUUUAAUCUAAGUCGCAUCGAGUACCAAGCAAGAAAUGAUACUAUAAGUUCAUAAGCUGUUUAUGGUAACAUGUAUAUUGCUAAGCUUACAGAGAUAUUCACUUGGCAAUGAUAAUUCUUAUUUCCUAGUGACAUUGUUUACAAAUUCCACAUUGCAUAGGUUAUUACAUUAUCAUUUGUUUCACACUCUCCUGUCGUGUUUGGUACUUGCUCAUCUAACAUGAGUUAUCACAUAUACAGAAUAUUCCCACUAAAAGACAAUUGAUUAAUCUUAUAUUUAAUCAAAUAUAUUUGCAAGCAUUGA